AUGGCCCAUAAAGAGUCAGAGUUUGACCCAUGUCCCAAUCACCUGUUCAGUGAGGUUGUUGAUGAUCUCACCCUUCAUUUCCAGAUCAUCCAUCUUUCCAGACAGAUUUAUGUUUGGAUUGGUUGCAACUCUACCAAAUUUGGGAACCUGUAUGCAGCUGCACCUACCCGACCUAACAACACCGUGAGUGUUACUUCAGUACUUGGAGGAGCAUCUGAUAAUACAGGUUUUGGGAUUGCUCGACGACUAGUGUUAAAGACUGGUCUCAACAUAAUUAUGGCUUGCAAUAUACCAAAGAACAGUCCCAUGCUUGAGGCAACAGCCGAGAAAGUGUUGGUUCAGAAAUUAAUCAGUUUGGGACUCACAAGGCCAAGAUCCUGAAGGAUCUCCAUUGUGAUAGAUGGUUCAGCUGAUACUGCCACCUUUAACAUAUACUCUUCUCUAUUGAUUUUCGUGCCUUGGCUAGCAAUUUUUACUUUCAUUUUAAGCACAACGUAGACUAGCCUCUGAGUCCUGGAGAGGUGGAAAUAUGGAGCAUAGCUAGACUUCUUUUAUGAUUGGGUUUGUGGUAGUUUAUUUUCUUACUAAAGCUUUGGCUGUAAGAGCUAGGUCUUGUGUAUCUCGAUUCUGUUAUGGUCAGGAAGAUUGUUAAUUGAGAAAUUAAAUUCAAAGUUUUACUUGUUCAA